AAAGCGCUUUGAACGGCGGAGAAUCGAUGCCACCCUGGGAGGGAUAGAUGGUGAGCGUAAUGAGUGUGUUGAACAGACGGGUAUAAAGAGGCGGGGAAGUUGCACAUUCAUCUACACCCCACUCACUUCCCAGUCCAACCAACAUUCGGAACGAUGUUCGCUGCUUUCAAACUCGUUGCUGUCGCCGCCGCUAUGUCCACUGCAUACGCACAGAUACUCCCUCCGGAUUGCUCACGCACGUACACCGUUCAGUCCGGUGACUUCUGCGACAAAAUUUCUGCGGAACAGAGUGUCUCCACCUUCCAACUCGCUGAUGUCAACAAAGGCAUCAUCGACGCAGCCUGCGACAACCUCUUCCCCGGCGAAGUUCUUUGCCUUGGCAUAACUGGACAGGACUGCACGACCGUACACGUCAUCGCUGAGGGUGACUUCUGCGCUUCCAUUGCGGGUAAUGCUGGGAUCCCCAUUAGCACCCUGUUGGCCAACAACCCUAACGUCAAUGCGGACUGCAGCAACCUUGGCAUCGGGGAGGUACUCUGCACGGCUUCUGAAAUAUUUGUCGGAGGAGGAUCCGGCACUACCACCAUAGAACCACCAAGUCCUGGCACCACCACCAUAGACCCACCAACUGAGCUCUCAACCUUGCCCACGCCCACGACGGUCGAGAGCAUCACGGCUCCUACGGGAGCUAGCGAGGGAGUGACUAGUGUGAUUGAAACUUUGCCUACGGAACCGUCGACAGUUUCUAUCACCGGUUCGUCGCUCCUUAUCAUCAUGACUCUACCGUAUGUCCUGACGAUUACAACAGCGACAGUCACAGCCUCUAGCACGACAGUUUGAGCGCAGCGUCUUUCCCAUUUAACUAACUGGUGGCAUGCUUACGGACUGGUAUAUACCUUGAUAUUGUUAUAGGUGUCGGUGCGGAUGAGAAAUAGGGCAUACUUUCCUGUUCGUGCGUAAUGAAAAUAAAGAUAUAUAUUACACGUAUG